CUUUCUCCCAGCUAUUCAUGAAAACAGCUGAUUUUCCGCACGUAUACUGCGGCUUAUUUUCUUCAGGUAUUUCUGGUGAUGAGAGAAAGGAAAUUAUUGGAUAUCGUGCCGUUAUUGGUUGCUUCGCGUCGUUAUUAUUCUUCAACAUUGAACCGCGCGUGUUUUAUACGAACGUAAGUGUUGAUAAUCGACAUCAACGGUGAAAAUCAUGAACAAAACUGGAAGACUGAUGUUCCGGAUUUAUGUAGCUACCAGUAAUCUUAUAAAUUCGUUACCAAAUAGAAGCAGGUUUUUUUACACCCCGAAUACUUCGCUCUCUUACGCUUCAUACUCAAAAGAUUACAGAUCGAGCCACCAGCCGUCGAAUAGAGCCAACGAUAGCGAUGCGGUUUCACAGGCCUUAGCCACGGUGCAAACAACAGAAGAACUGUUUGAAAUUGUUAGCAAAUAUCGUCCGCUGUUGAAAAUUGAACACUCGUUAGCAGCUUUCAAGAUAUUGGCUUCUAAGCAGAGGCAGGAGAGCAAAGUUGAUUCGACAAUUGCAAAGAAGGCGGAAUUUCUUAAGCUUUGUAGAGUUGUGGUAAAUGAUUCCAAAUCCCUGGACGUAAAUGACGCUGUAUUCAUUUUCAAGACUCUUAAUUACCUUGGUAUCUCAAACAACAGCUGGAUAUCUCAAUCUCUGCUUGAAGUAAUCAGAAAUUCCCUGAAUGAUCUUUCCUUUCUUCGUCUUGUGGAACUUGAACACGAAUUGCAGGAAUUUGCAAGCAGUCCGUUGUCAACUGCUCUUAAGAUCGUGGUGCCAGAAUUGUGUGAAUUUCGACUGCAGAAUAUUGUGGUGGAUAAAAAGAAUAUUGUUGACGUGGCGUCCGCACUUACACUUUUACACAAUAAACCUGGUCGUAAUAAAUUGAUAGCAAAUGUUGUCAGUCAGACACGCAAAAUAGGACAGAGCAGGAAGGUUUCGUAUGGAGUUAAAAGAUUCCGAAGCCUGUGCAGGCACCAGUAUCAUAAACCUGGAUACGAAGAAGCAGUUCAAAAUUCACAACAAAUUCUCAUAAAGUAUAUGAGCUGUGUUGAGUUUGAUGAUAUUCAUGGUAUGGUCCGCAUGAUGAGAGAUAGGAAAUGUCUUAGGCAUAAAAUUUUUCGUAAUGCGGAGCUUAUGGACGCUUUUGGAAAUGCAAUCAUUGCUAGAAAUGAGGGAUUUUCAAGAAGUACUCUGAUAUUGUAUUUAUUGCAGCAACUCAACUAUAUGCACAUACCAUUGAGGGAUUAUGCCACAGCUGAGUGCAUUCAAAACCUAGAGAAUUUGUGUAAAUAUGACGGACAAGUUAUCAUGAUGUUCGUGAUAAGCCUCGCUUCCUUCAAUUAUAAACCAACGUUUUGGAACACCAUGCAACCAAUCAUAUUAAAGAUCAUACAUAGAGAUCUACAUAACUUGAAUAAUCUUCUACGAUUAAGCAUCGGUUUAGCAAUCUUGGAUUGCUUUGACACAGAUAUUUUAGAGUUAGUGUUCAGUGAAAGGUUCCUUGUAGCCGCAGAAGUGGAAAAGAUACCUAUGAAACUAUGGAAUUUAUUGUUAUUGUACCAAAGCAUUCACACCCUUUGUUCAAUCCCAGUAAAAAAAUCUCUACCGAAACGUAUACUUGAAAAUGCCAUGAAAGUCAACGAAACUUUAAACAUAGAUUCUUCUUUAUUGCCCGUUUUAGAGAGGGCUAUGGGUGGCUCACAGUAUGUCAUACGUAACCUGUGGACCAAACUUGGGCAUUAUAUUGAACAUAUCGUUAUAAUGAGAAAAGGUGGAUACGCUGUUUCGCUUAAUUUGUCAUCUGAAGAGACGAAUGAAUGCAAGCCUAUAACGUACAUAGAAGAUCUUCAAGUGCCUUCUGAGAGCCAAGUCAUUAUAGUGAAACCAAUGCCUGUCGCGGCAUAUGCACAUAAUUCUCAACAUCUUCGAGGCACUUGGAUUUUGCUAUUGAAAACUUUGGAGAAACAAACGGGACACGCGGUUGUUCCGAUAAAUUUAACGACAUGGAAUGCUCUCCGAGACUACGAAAAAAUUCCACAUCUCAUGCAAGCUAUUCGCCUAAAGUGUGACUAUAUGUCCGAGGCCGCAAAUGUAUCAUAAGUAGUGUAAAACUCUAUUAUAUAAAAUAUUUAACUAUUGUACGAAAAAAAAGAAAGAACCAUCUUUCUCAAAUUCAGCCUUCCUA